AUGACUGAAGAAGAGGAGCUUCUGGCCAAGAUCGGCCAGUUAGCUGGUUCACAGUACACUCGACAUUCGCGCGGUGGUUGGAGGCCAUAUCGUGGAAGAGGAAGAGGCGCAUCAAGGGCUUCGGCCGGUCCGCAUAGAAACCGGACACUUGUGCUUAACAACCAAAGCAUUCCGGUAGAGGCGGCGAGCACAGCGGCUUCGUCGUCCACACCAAGCAAUGAAGCCCCGGACUCCAAACCUGGCAUAAAGAACUCGUGGAUAGCGAAGAGAGAUCGCCACAUGCAGCUAAUAAACUCAUCAAUAUUUGAUCAGGAGACGCAGGCUAGAAACAAGGCGAUUGCAGAGACUCGGAGAUUAAAGGCUCAAAAGAAAGCUGCGCGAGAAGAGUCGAUGGUUUUACGGCAUGCUCAGUCUGCUUCGCGUUUCUCCGAGAACAACAGAAGUGAAGCUCAGCCUGACGGAAGGGCUUAUACCAUAUAUGUCGGAGAUAUACCAUUCCAAGUUGCCCAAGGUGGCAGCAAACUUAUCUCUCUUUCAAGUGAGGAUAUGCUUUUGAUAACUAUUAGAAGUUCGAGGAUCAGCUUAUGGUUUAUAGAUGACCCUUUGAAGGCAAAUGUUACCCCCAAACGAGUGAAGGUCGGAGGUGUUACGUUUGUUAGAAGCAAACGGGGAAAUCUCCACCGCUUAGGUGCUGUUGUUUCGAAGAAUGAAAAAGAGAAACGAGCUAUGCAAGAGGUUUACAUCGACGGGUACCAGUCUCUCCUUCCGCAGAACUUAUUCCAUCGGCAUCGACGGCACCCAAGCCGAUUAGAUAUGAAUGCAUCUUUGUUGGGUAGACGAGCAUAUCGUACUUGUUUCAAGGGCCCAACUUGCCCUUAUGUCCAUGACCCGAACAAAGUCGCCAUCUGCAAAGACUUCCUUCAGACAGGUAAUUGUGAUGCAGGUGUGGCCUGUGAUCUUUCACAUGAUCCAUGCCCUGAAAGGUCCCCAGCUUGUCUUCAUUUCCUUCGUGGUCGAUGCACGAAUCCCUCUUGCCGAUAUACCCAUGUUCAUAUAACGCCAGGUGCUCCAGUCUGUCGUGAUUUUGCUAUUUUAGGAUAUUGCAGUAAAGGAGCCAGUUGUGAAGGACGACAUGUCCAUGAAUGCCCCGACUAUGCUAACACUGGGAAUUGUGGCAAUAAGAAAUGUCCGCUUCCUCAUGUUGACAGGGCUGGUCAAAUCCGCAAGUUUACCGCUAACAAGGUAGAUCCAUCUGCUGAAGGAGACUCUGAGGAGGAUGUCUCAAGCGAUGACGAGGUGUUUGAAGAGAUUGACUCUGACGAUGUCGAUUCCGAUGACUUGGAGGAACCAGAAGAGAUUGUUCAAGGCACCGAUGGUGGGGAUGCUUCCCAGCAGCUAGAUUUCAUUGGAUUCUCUUAG